AUGUAGAGCUGUGUUUAGACUCUGGCCAGUCGUUUUAGAACCUAGCUUUAUUUUCCGUCGAUAUGUACUUCCGGGCGAAUGUUACAAACCCAUCGAAACUGCCAAUUUUCUCUCGGCUGCUCUUAUAAAAUUUCGAUAUUGCCAUGCAUUUUGGCGCCAUUCUGGUCGAAUGUCACACAACACAUGUUUUUUUUGACAUGCUUUUUUAUGGUUAGGUUGUAUCGCUCGCAAGGGGUGCGAAGCUCGGCUUCGUUUCUGUGUUUUAAAUAUCCUGUCGAUGAACUUAGUUGCAAAGACGUUCAAAAAUUAACUUUUCAAAUCAAGAUUUUUUCGUUUACGCUGAUGAUUGCAUUCCUGACCCUGUGUUUUCUUUUAUUGAACGUCAGUCGAGGUUUUUUUCAACACUUGGUUGUAAUUUAAUUCAUUUGUUAUUCGCAAGCUGGUAAUUACAUGACUGCGAUGUAAUUCUCUGCUUCGUCCUUCUGUUAUCUUUGAAAUGUUUUCUACAGAUUCAUGUUAGCGGCGCCUGGAUAUGAAUCUAGAUAGUUAGCGCUGGCCGGAAGACCAUGUUUUGUCAUGUUGAUUCUUUCACGCAAAUAUGAAAUUCAAAGCUCGAAGUAUUUUUUCCAAAAUUGAAUCCGGUGAUUUUGAACCCGAUCGCGUGUUACCGCAUGGUGAAACCUGUCUACAUUUGGCUAGCAGGGAAGGCUGUGCUUCAAUCAUAGAGGCUUUAGUUCUCUAUCAUAAUUCUAAAGCCAUUUUAUCGAAAGACCACGACGGGAAAUGUCCGAUUCACGAAGCAGUUAUUUAUAACAAAGUUGAAUGUGUCAAAGUUCUUUUGAAACAUGGUUCACCGGUCAAUCCGUUAAAGAGGUCAGAUUGGACUCCUCUCAUGCAUGCUUGCGAGAACGCAAAUUAUGAAAUUUUUAAAAUAUUAGUCGAUGCAGGUGCAAAUAUUAAUCUAGUUAAUAAAGAUGGCUGGUCAUCAUUGCAUUUAGCAUCCAGAUCGGGGUCUCUUGAAAUUGUCAAAUUUCUCAUUGAAAAGGAUCCAAAUCUGGUUUUGUUGAAGACAACGAACGGCCGAACGGCGCUGCAUUGUGCAUCAUUGAACAACAGAGAGAAAAUCUGUGAAUACUUUUUGGAGAAUAAGUCCUUUGGAAUUGAUGUACAGGAUUCAUGUGGAACAACUGCGUUAUGCGACGCAAUCAAAACAGAUAAUGUUUCUAUUAUCAAUCUGUUCUACAAAUUCUCUGCAGAUUUAAAGAUUCCAGACAGUAACGGAAAUUAUCCUGUACACAUUGCCUGUCAAACUGAUUGUUGCAACUCUUUGAAAAUUUUAAUUAAUCUGGGCGUAGAUCCAAAAGCACCUUCCAUUAAUAGCACCGGAAAUAAUUGUGCGCAGUUUGCUGUAUCUCGUAAUAGUUUAAAUUGCAUUACAUUUCUCCUGCAAUUUGACUCGAAGCUCUUUACACUUGAAGAUAACGGAGGAGUUACAGCUUUAGAUCUGGUUAACAGCUCACGGACACUGGACUUAGUUAAAACUUGCUUUCCAAAUGCACAGAUGGUAAAAACCGAAAACAAGUAUAAACUAAAUGACCUGCUUAAAUAAUACCAUAUAUUUGUUGGUUGA